AUGCAUAUAAUCGAGUCUUCGCCAAAUGCUGCUGAUGGAUAUGUACCAAAUAAUAGCAAUUUAUUUGGUAGUUGGAUCGAUAGUCCGACAACACAGGAGUUUAAUUCAUCGUCUCCUGUUUGCGGGAAUAACUGUACAUCAUUGUCAACAUUGCAUGGAUCGGAUAUCAUUGAUUGUGGAAACUGCUUUAGCUUUGAUCAUACAUUGAGUCUUACACAACCGUCUAUUGUAUCACAUUCAAGUUAUUGGAACGACGAAAUGAAUUCCUUUAGUGGAUUACCACCGCUUGAAAUGGAACCUCUGCCGAGUUUAUUUCCCUUUUCACCUUGUGCAACCGCCGGUUAUGCACGACCUGAGCGUCCAACACAUGAUGUCGCUGAUGUACUUUUAUCACUUAAGAAUGCAGUUUUAAAGCCAAAUGCUGAAAGUUAUCCAUGUCAUCAAACAAAUCAACUUCAAUCACCACAAUCACCUUAUGGUGCUUCAUAUACUGUCCAUCAUCCACAAAUUCUUUUAUCACCUUCAUCUCAUCAUCACUAUUAUCAAUGUCAUCAGAAUCAAUCUCAAAGUUCUUAUAACACAAACAAUGGAUAUUAUGAUCCAACAUGUCCAGGACAUUAUCCAAGUAUGAGUGUGAAUGUGUCAAUGAAUAUGACAAUGCAUGGUUAUCCGUCUGAUGUAUCAUGCUCUCAAUGGAAUCCACCGCCAACUAGCUCAUCAGCAGUCCUCUGUCCACCACCAUUUAGUCCCGCACAACCUUAUCCGAGUGCCACAUAUUCAUUUACGGCUGAUUUUCGAUCACCGUCGCAUAGUUAUACAAGUGAAAAUGGAACCACAGCACCGUCGCACAAUUUAGAAGAUGAGCCUAUUUUAGAUAACGUAAAACUGUCAGCAUCACCAAUUCCUGCUAUUGAGCAUAAGCCAUUUUUCCACUCAAGCACAUGUUUUACAACACCAAAGAGCUCAUCACCUUUAUCGUUUGAUAUAAAGCCAAAAAUAACGUCGCCGUCAAGAAAUCACGCCAACAUUUCAUACGAACAAGAGGAUGAUAGCAAUAGUAAUGAUGAUAGCGCAGGUGGGAAACCAAAUUUAUGUCGACUUUGUGGUAAAACUUAUGCAAGACCGUCCACCCUGAAAACACAUUUAAGAACACAUUCAGGGGAACGUCCGUAUAAAUGUUUGGAUUGCAAGAAGAGUUUUUCACAGGCGGCAAAUUUAACAGCACAUGUUAGAACACAUACUGGCCAAAAACCUUUCCGUUGUCCAAUUUGUGAUAGAAGAUUUUCACAGAGUUCGUCUGUUACGACGCAUAUGAGGACACAUAGUGGUGAGAGACCAUACCGCUGUAGGAAUUGUAAAAAAGCAUUCUCUGACUCAUCGACGCUGACUAAGCAUUUAAGGAUUCAUAGUGGUGAAAAACCUUAUCAGUGUAAAUUGUGUCUCCUACGGUUCAGUCAAUCAGGAAACCUCAACCGACACAUGCGAGUUCAUGGAGGCAACGGACUGGCAAAUUUAGCUACAUGACAUAAAAAUUCAGGAACAUCAGGAUUUGCUCUAAAUUCCCUAAACUACUACGAAUGCAACAAAAAGUUUGCAGCUACCCAACUCUUUCAUGCUGCUUCAUCAUCACUUAUGUCAAGCGAGCAUCAUCAACAAAACUGCUUCUAUAAAAACUAUCUCUAAAGUCACUGUUUCCAUUGUUAUAGCUGAAUGACGAAAGGUUUUAUAAUCUGAAAAGAAAAGCUUAAGACACAUUGAAGGAACAACAUUUGUAACUAGAAAAAUUUUACAACGCCAUUACUGCUGAAAUAGAAGGCUAUUGAUUGGCAUAAAAAUAAAAACCUACGUCAUUGGGGAGAAAUAAAUAUAAUUGUGAAUACAAAGUAAUCAAAUAUGAGUGAGAUUGUAAAAAUUUGUGCAUC